AUGCCGACAAAAACAUCAACGAAUAGAUAUGUGCCCUAUGGUCGUUAUAAAGGAAGGACAUAUAUUUAUAUGGAAGGAGAAGAAACAGAUGAUUAUGUACGUGAUAUAUCUUCUUCUGAUGUCACCACCUCUUCGUCCGAAAGUGAGUAUGAAGAGAUAGAUAUAUAUAAACCACGUAGUCCUAAAUACAAAACUUUAAUUGAAGUGGUACUAAAACCAACAAAACAACCAAGUGAUACACCAAGUGGUACCAUACCUAGUGAUAUACCAAACAGUCGUACCAUACCAAGUCAUAUACCCAUAAAUGAUGAGUGGAAUCAAUUGAAACAUGAUUUUAUUUUGAACAUGUUACAAAAUGAUAUACCUGGAAACACUACAGAUACUAAUAUUUCAUAUAGUGGUAUGCCUAUAGAACAACCUUUUAUUACACAAAUCCAAGAUAGAAAAUUAUAUAGUGAUGAUAGCGAAAUUAUAUAUAAUAUUGAUUGGAAUAUUCCGGAAAAUAUCACAACAAAUACUGCGACAUAUAAUAGUUUAUAUAGUGGUAUAGAUCUAAUUAAUGAUUCUUUAAAUAGUGGUAAUAAUAUAUAUGAUGAAUUAUUGAAAAGAAAAGAAAAUGAAUUAUAUGGAACAAAACAUAGGAAACAUACAACAACAAAUAGUGUUGCAAAACAAAUAUAUGAUGAUCCUACACUCAAUCAAAUAGAAUUGUUUGAUAAAUGGUUAGAGAGAAAUAAAGAUAUGUACAACCAAUGGAAUAUCCAACGUGAUAUGUUAAACCAGUGGAAUAUACAACGUGAUAACGACAAUACUACGAACCAUACACACAAAUUGUUGAAUACCAACCUUUCUAUAGAAAUAAGUAGUGAUAUCAAUGCUACAUCUAAAAUGGAUAUGAGUGAUACUAAUACAUAUACUUAUUUGGAUGAUAUGGAUUCGUUCGAAAAUGGUAGUGAUGAAAAUUUAUUAUGA